CGUCUCGGCCCUAACCUCUGUGUCAGGAUGGCUGUCCUCCACGGGUUCUUCUCCCUGAUACGCAGCUUGGCUGACCCCAGCCUGCUGGUGAAGAUGGCUCUCACGGGGCUGCUGGCUGUGGUUGUGGGUUGGACUGUGAGGCUACUGGUGCGUCACGCCUGGUACACUCACAGGCUGUCCAGCUUCAAAAAGCCACCAACCCAUUCAUGGCUGAUAGGACACCUGGGCCAGAUGCAGAGCACAGAAGAAGGUCUCCUGCAUGUGGAGGAAUUGGUGCAGACCUACAAACACUCCUGCAGCUGGUUCCUCGGCCCUUUCUACCACCUGGUCAGGCUCUUCCAUCCUGACUACGUCAAGCCCUUGCUGAUGGCAUCUGCCAACAUCACGAUGAAGGAUGAGCUUAUCUAUGGCCACCUGCGUCCUUGGCUGGGGCAAAGCCUGUUGCUAAGCAACGGUGAAGAAUGGUCGCGCAAGAGGCGGCUGUUGACCCCGGCUUUUCAUUUCGAAAUUCUGAAGAACUACGUUGCUACAUUUAACUCUUCAACUAACACCAUGCAUGAUAAAUGGCGCCGCCUGGUGGCAGAAGGGACAACCAACUUAGAAAUGUUUGAGCACGUCACUCUGAUGACUCUGGACAGCUUACUGAAAUGUGCCUUCAGUCACAACAGCAACUGUCAGGAAUCUUGCAGUGAAUAUGUGUCAGCCAUCUUAGAGCUCGGCGACCUGGUAAUUGAUCGUCGAUUCAGGAUUUUACACCACUGGGACUGGAUUUACUGGAAAACUCAAUCAGGGAAACGGUUCAAACAGGCUUUGAGUGUCGUACACAGGUUCACCAGGGAUGUUGUCCAGAAACGCCGUGCCCUUAUUAACCAGCAGGGGGAGACAGAAACCCAAGCCAAUCUCAGCACAGCACACAAAAGGAAGAAAGAUUUUGUGGACAUAAUACUGCAGUCAAAGGAUGAAGACGGACAAGGCUUGUCUGAUGAGGAGAUUCAUGCUGAAGCAAACACCUUUAUGUUUGCAGGUCAUGACACAACAGCAAGUGCAAUUUGCUGGACAUUGUAUAAUUUAGCCCAACAUGCACAACAUCAGGAAGAAUGCAGACAAGAGGUGAUGGACUUGAUGCAGGGACGAGACGGGCAUGACAUAGAGUGGGAAGAUCUGUCCAGCCUUCCCUUCACCACCAUGUGCAUCAGAGAGAGUCUCAGGCUGCACUCACCUGUGCAGGCUGUAACAAGAAAGUACACCCAGGACAUGCCACUGCCAGGGGACCUCACCGUGCCAGAGGGUGCCAUCUGUUUGGUCAGCAUUUAUGGCACACACCACAAUCCCACAGUCUGGACAAACCCAAAUGAGUUUAAUCCUCGACGUUUUGAUCCGACCAACAUCCAGGGCCGCUCUUCCCAUGCCUUCAUCCCCUUCUCUUCAGGCCCCAGGAAUUGUAUCGGGCAGAAAUUCGCCUUAGCUGAGCUUCGAGUUGUUGUGGCCUUGACCCUGCUGAGGUUUCGUCUCAGCCCCGGGGUGAACCCUGAGGACAGGAGCUACUCUGGGGGAGUUCGCCGUCUUCCUCAGCUCGUGCUCCGCGCUGAAGGAGGUCUUUGGCUGCAGGUGGAGCCUGUCGACACACCAAACGUGACGGCUGAAUAACUGGUCCCACAAGAUGUCUUCAAUCUAUGUCUGUGUCACAAUGUACAACAUUUAAAACACAGCUGGGUGUUUGUGUUGUCAUUUUAUAUACAUAAAACUUCAGAUUGUGAUUCAGCAAUAAACUGCAUUUUUCUUUAAAAUUUGAAUGUUGACAUUCAAAGUUUUUUCUAUA